AUGAAUCAAGUUCAUUUAAAUGUGUUUAAUGUGGUUUUGGAGCAGAAAAAUGAAAAGCUGGAAAAAAAAGCUGAACUGAUCCAGAAGAGCCUUGACACAUGUCAGCGUCAGCUGCAGGAGCUGAACAAGGAGAAAGUCACAAACUCAAAACUGAUCUCAGAUCUGGAGGCAGAGCGCUCUCAGCUGAUCAGAGAGAAAGAGGAGCUGCUGACCAAAAUAAACCAAUGUGCACAAGAAACGGAGGAAAAGAGCUGCCAGCACAGGAAAUCCUUGGAAGUUUUAGAGUUAGAAGUUCAGAAAGUGCACGAUCAGUGUUCGGUUUUAGAGGCUGGAGUCAAAGACAAGGAGAGGAUGCUGCACCUUCAGGAGGAGGAGUUUAACAAACAAGAUGACAUGAGGGUCAGAUGCAUUGAUGAGCUGAAAGCUGUGGCUUCACACUGGACUGAGAAGUGGCAAAACGCGGCUCUGACCCUUCAGGCCACACAGAACCAAUUAGAAGAACUCACAAGGAGGACUUCUGCAGAUCAAAUGGAGUCUGGCUCAGAGCUGAGGGCUGAGCUUCAAAACAACAAACCAGAGCUGGAGCAGGAACCAAGCAGGGCUCAGAGCCAUCAGGCACAAGGAGUCCAGAGGCUUCAGACUAUCCCAAAAGAGACAGACUUAUCAAAAUCCUAUUUGGUGUGUGAGCAUCCACCAGAGCCCCAGUUUGACCAAAACACACAGGCGUGGACACAAAACGACCAGGUGCAAAGUCUGAGACAGAAACUAGCAGAAAAGGAGAAGGAAAUGACUGAAAGAGAACAAGCCUUUAGGAGUUUAGAAAAAAUGAGAGAGAUGGAAAAAACUGAAGCUCAGAUCAAGAUUUCUACUCUGCAGCUGCAGCUGAUGAAAAAAGUGUCUGAAGAGGGCAAAGAUGAUGGAGACCUGCAGUCAGAUGUGUUGGACCCUGCCUCACUGCAGCCAGAUGAGCAUGGGAGGAACACGGACCUGCUAGCUGCUGAGAUGCAUCUGAAACAACAGCCCUACCUGGAUAAAGAGGAGAAAUUAUCAGCUGAAGACAGGAAGGAUAAGCUGAUCUGUACGGUUGAUCCAGAGAUGGAGCAGCGAAGACGAAUGAUCACAGAGCAGUUAAAGAGUCUGUUUAAGCAGCGAGAAGGAAAAGAGGAUGGUCAGGUGCUGGACACAUCAGCUCAAACUGGAGCCACCUCACCCCAAGACUGGACUCCAUCUUUGUUUGUAAGGGCAGGAUGGGACAGGAGAAACUGGCAUCACAGCUCAGGACUGAUGCCGGUGUUCGAGGAGGACGAGGAGGAUGAAGAGGACGAAGAGGACAGUGAUUGGUUUAGAGAGGAGGAGGAAGAUGCAAAAGAAACUUGUGCUGAGCUGUAAAAACCAAUCAGCCCAGCGAGGACCCACAAACCACAGGAAGUGAGUCGUGCUACCUGGAGUUCAGCAGGGAUGAGUGUGACCUACAGCGGAGGAACACACACCCUCUUUAUCCUGGUGGUGUUAUCCUGGCUGAGAUCUUAGAGAUCUGCAGCCCAGGUGAAGAUGAAGAGGAAGGAAAUCUCCAGUCUGGUGUUUUGUGAGAUGCAUGGACUCAAGUUAUAUUAGUACUUCCCAGGAAAUACUCUGACUUUCACUGAUUAACUUGCUGCUUUUUACUUCAAGUAAAAGAAAUAACCCAUGUUUCAUACAUCUGGUUUUGUGUUUAGUUUAAACUUUUGUAAAAAAUAAAUAAAUAAAUAACAAAUUAAACAACAA